AGCGGCCGAGCCCCAGCGACCCGGGGCGGGGCUCCGCGACCCAAAUGUCCGGCUCGUGGAGCGAGGUGGGCGGGCGGCUCGGGACCACUGCCAGGGCUGGCAUGGAGCGGUGGCGUGACCGGCUGGCCCUGGUGACGGGAGCUUCGGGGGGCAUCGGCGCGGCCGUGGCCCGGGCCCUGGUCCAGCAGGGACUGAAGGUAGUGGGUUGUGCCCGCACCGUGGGCAACAUCGAGGAGCUGGCUGCCGAAUGUAAGAGUGCGGGCUAUCCUGGGACUUUGAUCCCCCACAGAUGUGACCUGUCCAGCGAGGAGGACAUCCUCUCCAUGUUCUCGGCCGUCCGGUCUCAGCAUAGCGGUGUAGACAUCUGCAUCAAUAAUGCUGGCUUGGCCCGGCCUGACACCCUGCUCUCAGGCAGUACCAGCGGCUGGAAGGACAUGUUCAAUGUGAAUGUGCUGGCGCUCAGCAUUUGCACCCGGGAAGCCUACCAGUCCAUGAAGGAACGCAAGGUGGAUGAUGGGCAUAUCAUUAACAUCAACAGCAUGUCUGGUCACCAAGUGUCACCCCACUCCGUGAUCCAUUUCUAUAGUGCUACCAAGUAUGCCGUCACCGCACUUACAGAGGGACUGAGGCAAGAGCUUCGGGAGGCCCAGAGCCACAUCCGAGCCACGUGCAUCUCUCCAGAAGUGGUGGAGACACAAUUCGCCUUCAAACUCCAUGACAAGGACCCUGAGAAGGCAGCUGCCACCUAUGAACGCAUAAAGUGUCUCAAGCCUGAGGAUGUGGCCGAGGCUGUCAUCUAUGUCCUCAGCACACCUCCACAUGUCCAGAUCGGAGACAUCCAGAUGAGGCCCACGGAGCAGGUGAUCUAGCUUCCUGUGGGGACCUCUGCCUUCCCUCCCCGCCCCUCACAGCUUGGCUCCUGCCUCUGGAUUUUAGGUGUUGAUUCCUGGACUCCUGGAUUCUGCUUCCUCUCCCUACCCCACCAGGGGCUAGAAAAUUUGAAGUUUUUAUAUCUUAUCAGACUGUUUCCACCACAAAUAUGAACAGUGGGUUGGGGAGAGGAGGUGGUAUACCUGAUAAUUUCAUGUGUUAACUCAUUCUUGGUCCCCUUCUUAGGCUCCUUGGUGUUUGUUUGCUGUCUUUGGUCUCUCCCUUUUGACCUGGGGAAGGGACUGUGGCCCAGAGGGGGGCUUUCCCUGUCUUCUUGCAUCCCAUGCCCUGUCCCUCAGGGAGGAAGUGGCAGAGAGAAGCCCUCACCUUCUAUCUGAAUGGUUAUCCAAGGCUCCAGGCUUCUUCCUCUCCCUGCCCUACUGCCCCCAUUGUCCUUUCUCUUCCCCCAUGAUAGUUCUCCAGCCCAGGCUUGGCUUCUUGGCUCCUAUUGGGGUCAUCACUCCACACUGACUAUGGCCGCUGACUACUAGGGCCUGCCUCCCAAGUGAAUUUCACUGUGACAAUUAAAAAAGAAAAAUUGCAACAACCUA